AUGUAUACCACCAUCUUGACGACCCUCCUCUUGGCCACCUCGGCCCUCGCGGCGCCACACUCCCGCCGUCAGCCCGCUCCACCAGGAACCUGCGACCCGGCUGCCAUCUCCGGCCUCACUCAGCCAACAUCCACCCUCCCAGCUCCUUCCGGUGUCCUUGCCUCCAUCGUCGUCGGCCGUGGCGUGCAAAACUACACCUGCGCCAACGGCACCACCGGAGCACCUGUUGCUAACGGUGCCGUCGCUAUCUUGUACGAUGCGUCAUGCGUGGCUGUGGAUGAUCCGUCAACCUUCUCCGGCCUUACCACCCAAGCUCUGACCCAAUCCCUCCCCGCCAACGAGGGCGACGACUUCCAGUGCGGCGGCACCGCACUCAAGCGCAGCGGCCACCACUUCUUCAACGCAGCCAAGACCCCCGUGUUCGAUCUCUCCGAAUCCGGCCCGCUAGGCGACACAACCACGCCCGCCGCCUCGGACGUCGCCUGGCUCGACCUCGCCUCCACGAGCGGCACCACCGGCCCCAUCACCGCAAUCUACCGCAUCGAGACCCGUGGCGGCCAACCACCAGCCAGCUGCGCCGACCCCUCCGUCGUCAAUGGCCUCGUCAGCGUGCAGUACGCCGCCGAGUACUGGGUCUACACUACCGCUCCUGCAACAGGUACGCCUCCGGCUCCGCCAUCUCCUCCUUCCGGUGCGCCAGCUCCCCCAUCUUCUCCUUCCGAGGAGCCGGAGGAGCCUGCGCAGCCUGAAGUUCCUGAGGCACCGGAAGAUCCUGAGGACGAUGGAGGCGAUGAUGACGAAGAGGAUGAGGGGGACGAGGAGGAGUAA